CCCCCCCCCAAGAACCAGUCCCGGACUCUUCCGGUUCCAUCUCUUCCUAAAGGUACGCCCUGUCUUUCACGUCUCCGUGACUCCCAGACACCGCACGUUCCUUGAGUAUUAAUGCUGAAUUCUCUCGUAGUUAUCGCCUUUUAAAGUUUUCUCUCUUCGAUCUCUUGUAUCUCUUCAAUACCCAGAUUUGUUUACUGACUUUCCAAUUAGAUCUAUUGAAAAAUGGCGUCUCACAUUGUUGGAUACCCUCGCAUGGGCCCGAAGAGAGAGCUGAAAUUUGCUUUGGAAUCUUUCUGGGAUAAGAAGAGCAGCGCCGACGAGUUGCAGAAGGUGGCAGCCGAUCUCAGAUCAUCAAUCUGGAAGCAGAUGGCUGGUGCUGGCAUCAAGUACAUCCCCAGCAAUACAUUCUCUUACUAUGACCAGGUGCUUGAUACAACUGCAAUGCUCGGCGCUGUCCCACCCAGAUACAACUGGACCGGUGGUGAGAUCGGAUUUGACAUUUACUUCUCCAUGGCUAGAGGAAAUGCCUCUGUACCAGCCAUGGAAAUGACCAAGUGGUUUGACACCAACUACCAUUUCAUUGUUCCCGAAUUGGGACCUGAUGUGAAGUUUUCUUAUGCUUCCCACAAAGCAGUGACUGAGUACAAGGAGGCAAAGGCGCUUGGAGUCGACACCGUUCCAGUUCUAAUUGGUCCUGUCAGCUACUUAUUGCUUUCUAAACCUGCAAAGGGUGUGGAUAAAUCAUUUUCUCUUGUCUCUCUUCUUGACAAAAUUCUUCCCAUCUACAAGGAAGUUGUGGCUGAGUUAAAGGCAGCUGGUGCUUCAUGGAUUCAGUUUGAUGAGCCCACUCUUGUGAAGGAUCUUGAGCCUCACCAAUUGGAAGUAUUCACUAAGGCCUACUCUGAGCUGGAAUCAACGCUCUCUGGUGUGAAUGUUCUCAUUGAGACCUACUUCGCCGAUGUUCCUGCUGAGGCAUUCAAAACUCUAAUUGCUCUAAAGGGUGUUACUGCCUUCGGGUUUGAUUUGAUUCGUGGAACAAAAACUCUUGACUUGAUCAAGGGUGGAUUUCCUUCAGGCAAAUACCUCUUUGCUGGUGUGGUUGAUGGAAGGAACAUCUGGGCCAACGAUCUUGCUGCGUCUCUCAACAUCCUUCAGUCACUUGAACGAAUUGUGGGAAAAGAUAAGCUCGUGGUCUCCACCUCCUGCUCGCUUCUCCACACUGCUGUUGAUCUAGUUAAUGAGCCUAAGCUGGAUAAAGAAAUCAAAUCAUGGCUUGCAUUUGCUGCUCAAAAAGUUGUUGAAGUCAAUGCCUUGGCCAAGGCAUUGUCUGGUGCAAAAGAUGAGGGUUUCUUCUCUACUAAUGCCGCGGCUCAGGCAUCAAGGAAGUCCUCUCCUAGGGUGAACAAUGAAGCUGUGCAAAAGGCUGCUGCUGCUUUGAAGGGAUCCGACCACCGCCGUGGUACUAAUGUUAGUGCUAGACUUGAUGCUCAGCAGAAGGAGCUCAACCUGCCAAUCCUCCCUACCACCACCAUUGGGUCUUUCCCUCAAACAAUGGAACUUAGAAAAGUUCGCCGUGAAUAUAAGGCCAAGAAGAUUUCUGAGGAAGAAUAUGUUAAGGCAAUCAAGGAGGAAAUUAACAAAGUUGUCAAGCUCCAGGAAGACCUCGAUAUUGAUGUCCUGGUUCAUGGGGAGCCGGAGAGGAAUGAUAUGGUUGAGUACUUCGGAGAACAGUUGUCUGGUUUUGCCUUCACUGCUAAUGGUUGGGUGCAAUCUUAUGGAUCUCGCUGUGUGAAGCCACCCAUCAUCUAUGGUGAUGUGAGCCGCCCCAAGCCCAUGACUGUCUUCUGGUCCUCUAUGGCUCAGAGCAUGACCAAGCGCCCAAUGAAGGGAAUGCUUACAGGCCCUGUCACCAUUCUCAACUGGUCCUUUGUUCGAAAUGACCAGCCAAGAUUUGAAACUUGCUACCAAAUUGCUUUGGCCAUCAAGGAUGAAGUAGAGGAUCUUGAGAAAGCUGGCAUCACUGUUAUUCAAAUUGAUGAGGCAGCUUUGAGAGAGGGGUUGCCUCUUAGGAAAGCUGAGCAUACUUUCUACUUGAACUGGGCGGUUCAUUCCUUCAGAAUCACUAAUGUUGGUGUCAAAGACACUACCCAGAUCCACACCCACAUGUGCUACUCCAACUUCAAUGACAUUAUCCAUUCCAUCAUUGACAUGGAUGCCGACGUGAUCACCAUUGAGAACUCCCGAUCUGAUGAGAAGCUCCUGUCAGUCUUCCGUGAAGGCGUGAAGUACGGUGCUGGUAUUGGCCCUGGUGUGUAUGACAUCCACUCUCCAAGAAUACCAUCAAUGGAAGAGAUUGCAGACAGAAUCAACAAGAUGCUUGCUGUGCUCGAAACCAACAUCUUGUGGGUCAACCCGGACUGUGGGCUCAAGACUCGCAAGUAUGCUGAAGUUAAGCCAGCACUCCAAAACAUGGUUGCUGCCGCCAAGCUCCUCCGCACCCAGCUUGCAAGUGCUAAGUGAAUCAUUAAAGGGGAACUGGGAGUUUCAUAUUCCUCCAAUUCAUUGUUUCUUACUUAAAACAUGGGGGUUGGGGGGGGUAGAGAAAAAAAUGCUGUGUUGAUUUUAAUAAUUGUGGGUCUUAAGGAAAUGUUGAGUAGGAUAGUCUGCCCUGUGGGCAUUUGUUCCUUUUGUUUUCUUGAUUUUUUGGUUUUCUUAUUUGAUAUAUAUAUAUAUAUAUAUAUA